AUGCGUUCUGCCGCUGCCAUCCUCUUGGCCAUUGCCAACCUCUCUCUGGUUUCUGCUGCUCCAUCAGCACCCAAGGUGCUUGAUGAGAGUGUGUUCGAAAACGCUGACACUCCCACCUGGAAGAUCCCCGUUGUAAAGGGCGAAGCCCCCGUGGAGUUCAAGGGUACCAUCCAAGACGUUAUGAAGCAGCUCGAAGUCGACUACCCCGAGUAUGCCCGCAAGGCUCAUGAGAAGAUUGACGCUGCAAUGGAGGACGAAGAGGCGAAUGAGGCACCCCCUUCUCCUGAGGCUCAGGCUCUCGACCGCCUACAGAGGCGGGAUCACAACAUCUGUUGGAACUUCCCUGCUGCUAGGGAGAGGCCCAUCCACGAAGGCAUUCAGUACCUCCGCGGCAUCGGUGGCGGCUUGACCGUGCGCGCAGGUCCCGGAGCCUGCGAUAGAAUCAGCUGCUCAAGCAAUGCAGGAAUCUUUAUCUGCAACGAUAACCGCACUCCAUUCUUUAUCCCAUCAUGGGAUAAUGUUGCCAAUGCAGCCAAGGCUUGUAACAACGAGUGCCGUAGGUUCUGCUUUGAUUGCGGUCUUCAGACCGGUUGGUGGACCGCCGGACAGCGCUUCCAUGACGCCAACUUCAAUGUCAUCCUCCGUGAGCAGUCAUGCUAG